CCGGCCGGCGCUUGAAAAGGGAGCCCCGGACGGCUGGGGCAGCGCAGAUCGGCCGACCGGGGCUCGGGAGGCGCAGCAGGGUUUGCAUCUUUUGCAAAACUUUCCAGAUCAGAGGAGAAAAAACCGGAAACAAGCGGUUGCUGGACAUGGCAUCGGAGGGUGACAAACUUUACGGAGGAAGGCUUGUCGGAAGCAUCGACCCCAUCAUGGAGAAGCUCAACGCUUCGAUAGAGGUUGACAUGCGCCUGGCUGAGGUGGACAUUCGCGGGAGCAUCGCUUAUGCCAAGGCCUUGGAGAAGGCCGGGAUUCUGUCCAAAACGGAAUUGGAGAAGAUCAUUGGGGGAUUAGAAAAGAUUUCGGAGGAAUCUUCCAAGGGAACCUUGGUGAUUACCAAAACGGAUGAAGACAUCCACACGACCGUUGAACGCAGACUCAAGGAACUGAUUGGUGAUGUGGCUGGGAAGCUCCACACUGGGAGAAGCAGGAAUGACCAAGUUGUGACUGACCUGAGGCUGCUGAUGAAGAGCGCUGUGACCACCCUGUCCUCUCACCUGCAGCAGCUCAUCCGGACCCUCGUGGAACGUGCUACUGCCGAGAUUGAGGUGAUCCUUCCUGGUUAUACCCACCUGCAAAGGGCUCAGCCAAUCAGAUGGAGCCACCUCUUGCUCAGCCAUGCCGUUGCUCUGACCAGGGAUUCUGAGCGCCUCAGUGAGGUGAAGAAAAGGAUCAAUGUCUUGCCUUUGGGAAGUGGGGCUCUGGCUGGCAACCCCCUCGGACUGGAUCGCGAGCUGCUCCGCAAGGAACUAGAUUUUGCUUCCAUCAGCAUCAACAGCAUCGAUGCGGUCAGCGACCGUGACUUUGUGGUGGAGUUCCUGUCCACCUCGUCCCUCAUUAUGAUCCACCUGAGCAGGCUAGCCGAAGAUCUGAUCCUCUUUGCCACCAAGGAGUUUGGGUUCAUCACUCUCUCGGAUGCGUUCUGCACCGGCAGCAGCCUCAUGCCCCAGAAGAAGAACCCGGACAGCCUCGAACUGAUCCGCAGCAAGGCCGGCCGUGUGAUCGGGAGGACCACUGGGCUUCUGGUGAUUCUCAAAGGCCUCCCCAGCGCAUACAACAAGGACCUGCAGGAAGACAAGGAGGCCGUGAUUGACGUCAUCGAUACCCUGGAUGCAGUCCUCCAGGUGGCAACGGGCGUCAUCUCCACCCUCCAGAUCAACAAGGAUGCCAUGGAAAAAGCCCUGAGCCCUGAAAUGCUGGCCACGGACCUGGCCAACUACUUGGUCCGCAAGGGGGUGCCGUUCAGAGAGGCCCACACCAUCAUCGGGAAGGCAGUCCACCUCGCUGAGAGCAAGGGGGUGGCUCUUAAUCACCUGUCCGUGGAGGACCUGAAAAGCAUCAGCCCCGUGAUGGGAAGCGACGUGUCCCAGGUGUUCAACCACCAGAACAGUGUGGAGCAGUACACCUCCCCCGGAGGGACCGCCAAGAGCAGCGUGAGCUCCCAGAUCGAGCAGGUGAAGGAGCUGCUGAAGAAGCUGAAGGAAUAAGUGUUGUGUGUGUGGAAAAAAGCUUUCCCGUGGCUGCGGGUUUCUGCUUGUCACGUUUAAUCCCGAGUUAAUAAACACUGGUGCAUUGGA